AUGAGGAAGAGGAACUGGUCAGAAGUGGAAUACGAUGUACUGGUUGAGAUAGCAAAGCGUGUUAGAGAGAUUGAUGAUUUCAUUAGAUUUGGUGCUGUUUGUAAAUCAUGGUAUCGUGCUGCUAAAAAGGAGAAUUUCGAUUCUUCAUCUCCUCAGGUUCCGUUGCUUCUGAUGGCGGCUGAUAAAGACGAUGAUUAUCGACUAUUUUAUUCUGUUACAAACCACAGAAUUUUCGCCAAAAUCUAUCUCCCUCAAGCUAGAGGCUGUGUCUGUUUAUCAACGGAGCAGCCUGGAUGGCUUUUCACUGUCCAAUUUACUAUUACUACAGGUGACAUGAUGUUGUUGCAUCCCUUCUCAGGCACCCAAAUUCACCUUCCUUCAUAUCGUAGAUUGAGAGGUAUAGAAGAUGGGGAUGAUCAAUGGAAGCCAGAAUAUUUUUCCAUAAUCAAAAGAGCUGUGUUAUCUGCCAACCCUUCACUCACAUCCGACUACUUUCUGAUGAUCUCACAUUAUGCACCAAGAAGGCUUAUGUCUUUUUGGCGACCUGGAGACCUCUGCUGGACUUCAGUUCAUAUUGAGAACCCUUUUGCAUUCGUCGAUUUCCGAUACUUCAAUGGAAAAUUUUAUAUCCUGUCUCGCUGUUGCGGACUCUGGGUUGUUGACGAUCUUGAAGAAGGCCAUAGAAACAACCCUCCCCCAUCUGUACGAUCCCGCUUGGUUUUAAGGAUAAAUAGGGAGAUACUUAGAUGGGACUAUUUACAUCUGGUUCAAGUAUCAGGUGUGCUACUAUUUGUUGCACAAGAUGAAGAAAGAGCUAGAUCCACUGGUUUCUAUAAAGACUAUCGUUUUCAAGUAUGGGAACUAGAUGUAAUGACAAGUGAAGCAAAAGAGAUUAAGAUGUUGGGAGAUAGAGCAAUUUUUUUGGGACAAGAUGCAUCCAUGUCCGUUGAAUCUUCUAAGUAUAUAGGAGUAAACCCUAAUCACAUCUAUUUUAUUAACAGUGUGGCCGUGAUUUUCAGAUUACAAGGUUGGAGUGGCAUAGAUAUGCGGACUUAUAGUCUUGAAGAUGGAAAAGUUCAAUCUUCUUAUCACAGUGCUUCUGUUAAUCCUAUUUCCCCCCCAACUUGGGUUAUCCCGUCAUUCUGA